AGUGAAGUCUCUAUAAAACAUUUGCAGGGGACUUGAAUUUUACUCUUGCAGCAGCGACGACAAUUGCUGAGAAGGUUCUAUUUUAUUAAAAGCAUCAACUGCAACAUUGUUUGUCAUCUUAACUGCAGGAAGUUGAAUGCAGAAGAGAAGAAGAGUGAAGCAUCACUCAUGCCGAAGAAUCUGAGCUCUUGAAAAUUACUAACAACAUCUUUUAAGGAGUUCCUUGUAAAGGUCUGCACCUCUGACCCCUAAAAUUCUUUUGAGUUCGUUCCCUUAUGUUAAACAUUAAGCUGUGACUCCAUUAAAUUGUCACAAGCACUUAUCUACCAGUACAUGGCUAAUCAAGACUCAAAAUAGCAGUUGUCAGGUUCUUUGAAAUACUUGAAUCCAAUAAUAUUUAUUUUGAACUUUCAUAAACUCAAACAGAAGUUAUAUCAUUAACUGUUGUGUGAAUGCAGAUAAGAAUGUAUCUAAUUUCGAGCUGGGAGAGUCUUCUAAUAGCAAAGAGCGCUCUGCUUCUGAUCAUACUUAGUAGAACCGGAGGCCGAUUUUCAUGGUCUUAUAUGCUGAUAAUUUAAAUGCUUUUAUUCUGCACCUGCUGCAAACAGAAAUAGAAAAACUUCAUGAAAUCUGAAGUGGAGGGCUAUUGGAGUAUCUACACCAUGUAAUCAUAAGGAACAGUUUUCAUAGUUGUUGUGCAUCAAAGCCAUCAGCGAGUGUUAACCAAAGCAAUUCAUAUAACUGGCCUUGUUUUAUGGAAGAUUUGGUUUUGUUCUGCACUUGUUGCAAACAGAAUAAAACAACAGAACAACAUCAAAUCCUUUGAUUAUCUUGGAAAGGGGCUCUGAGAUAAUUGGCACAAUUUGAUUCGAAAGGAAGUCUAAAUCUCCAUCGUCAACUUCUGGUUUCCAGGCAGCAGCAAUGACAUCACCAUGGGCAAGGUUCUCUUUCUUUGUGGUUCAAUUUAUGAAUUCACAGCUUUCUGCUUGUUAUCCCUGUUGCAUGAGACGCCGCUGUUAGAGUUCUUAAAACCUGUGUUCCAAGUCAAGGCAAAGAGAGUUGCUUUGUUGAUGGAUGUUCUCUGUAAUGCCCUCUUGCCAAUAUAGAAGACCCAACCAAAAUCUUUCAUAUUUGAGGGAAGGAACUUCUACUACCUGGAAUUCAAAAUCUUGCACAACGGUAAACUUUCAAAUGAAGUGACCCAGCCAGUUGAGUGGUUCUCUCCUCGAGUUGUUGGUGCACCACCCAGAAAAGGUGUUAAGGUCUGUGUUUGCUGAUUUUCAUGUUAAGAAGAUUCAACUAGAGAAGUAAUUCUCUCUAGAAGGAAUCCUUAAUAGCUUUGUCAAUUCUGCCUGCAUGUAAAAAUUUUUGCCUUUGUUCUGUACCUAUUGCAAACAAAAACACCAGUACUGG